GCCAACAAAUUGUCCAAAGAGAUACGCUAGGCAUCAUCACGGUCAUAGAAAUCAUUAAGCAUCGAUCAUUAAGGCCCAACUCGAAUUCAGAUUAUGUAGUCUACAUCUCUGCAGUUCCGCACUGUAACAAGAAUCGCGUGUUUCUGGGAACCAGUAGCCUGCUCCCGUAGACUGCAGCUAGGACCAAUCGUUCACGACAGGCUGUCAAUAUAUGUCCCAUACGUUUAUGCAGAUGGCCGGUGGCAGCUUCGGUUCAUCGAGGCACACAGUGCAGGUAGAAGCACGGCCUGCUGGGAGACAAUCAACACAUUUACCUCGGAUCCAAGCAAUUCCAGGGUGGUCGAUACUCCAUGCCGAUGUGUCGGGAAUGGCAGAGAGACCUGGGAUCCACAGGCGUCCACAGGAGCCGAUGAUUACAGGGCAGCUGAGCAAGCCGCUGCUCUCCCUGCGCGGCGACAUGGACGCCUCCGAGCUCCACGCGGACGACAAGCCGGGCAGCCCUGACAGCGACCUGACCGACGAGCCCCUGCUUAUGUCCGCCGACGCCGACGACAAGCUCUACGGUGCCCGUGGCGGCUCUGCCCAGUCUGAUGCCAGCAGCAGCCCCUCAGAGCAGAGUCAGCUGGGGCAGUCUCACCCAGCUUAUCCCGUUGGACCACAGGUGGGCAUCUCACCACUAUCUGUGUCUCUCCUGGUAGCGCAGCAGCUGGCGUCUGCCGUGAGCGGGGUGAUGUCCGGGGGCGCGCCGGGCCUCAACCAGCCCAUCCUCAUCCCCUUCAACGCGGGCGGGCACCUGGGCGGCCAGCAGGGCCUGGUCCUCUCCCUGCCCACCGCCAACAUCCAGGGGCUGGUGGCGGCGGCGGCGGCCGGAGGACUCAUGACCCUGCCCCUACAGAACCUGCAAGCUACCUCGUCCCUGAACUCACAGCUUCAGCACCUGCAGCAGCUUCAGCAGAUGCAGCAGCACCACCAGCAGCAGCAGCAGCAGCAGCAACAGCACCAUCAACAGCAACAACAGCAGCAGCAGCAAUCACAGCUCUGCAGCCAGUCCCACCUGCCGGGAGCCAAUCACUUGGCCCCCCACCACCCGCUGAGCCCUGCCAGCCAACAGCAGUCCUCCUCUGGCUCCUCCUCUUCCUCAGCCUCCUCCAAUCUCGGCUCAGCACAGGCCCCACAGUCCCCGCCCCACAGGCAACAGAACCAGUCGCCUGCACGCAGCCUGCCCUCACCAGUGACCCCUCCCAUGCCACUUCCGCUCAACCCUCUGGCCAGCCAGGCGGCCGUGGCAGCAGCGGCGGCCAUGGGCUCCAUCGCCGGGUCCCAGGUGUUUGGCAAUGCACUCUCCAGCCUGCAGGGUGUCACGGGCCAGCUGGUUACCAAUGCCCAAGGACAGAUAAUUGGAACAAUUCCUUUGAUGCCUAACUCGGCGGGACCUGGGAGCCAAUCAGGGGGAGGGAAUCCUGCCCUGCAGGUCCAGCCAAUCACGCCUCAGCUGCUGACCAAUGCCCAAGGCCAGAUCAUUGCCACGGUGAUCGGCAACCAGAUCCUGCCAGUCAUCAACACCCAGGGAAUCACGCUGUCGCCAAUCAAGCCUGGACAGCAGCUGCCUCAGGCCCAGCCGGCUCCGUCGGGACCCCCAUCCAGCCAGGCCAACCUGCUGCGUCUCCCCCACAGCCAGAGCCCUCUCCGCCAGGCCUCCUCGUCCUCCUCCACCUCCUCCUCCUCCUCCGCCCUCAGCGUGGGACAGCUGGUCAGCAACCCCCAGACUGCUCCAAGUGAGGUGGAUGGCGUCAACCUGGAGGAGAUCCGCGAAUUUGCCAAAGCGUUCAAGAUCCGCCGCUUGUCUCUGGGACUGACACAAACUCAGGUGGGCCAGGCCCUCAGCGCCACAGAGGGACCUGCCUACAGUCAGUCUGCCAUCUGCAGACACACCAUCCUGAGAGGCCACUUUUACCUACCACAGGAAGCCCAAGAGAACUCUAUAGCUAGCGGUUUGACAGGCAAACUGAACCCUGGCCUUUUAUAUCCUGCCAGGUUUGAGAAGUUGGACAUCACUCCAAAAAGCGCCCAGAAGAUUAAGCCCGUUCUGGAGCGCUGGAUGGCCGAGGCAGAGGCCCGGCACCGGUCCGGCAUGCAGAACCUGACUGAGUUUAUCGGCAGUGAGCCGUCAAAAAAGCGCAAGCGGCGGACCUCGUUCACCCCUCAGGCCCUGGAGAUCCUCAACAGCCACUUCGAGAAAAACACACACCCGUCCGGGCAGGAGAUGACUGAGAUCGCUGAGAAACUGAACUAUGACCGCGAGGUGGUCCGUGUCUGGUUCUGCAACAAGCGGCAGGCGCUGAAGAAUACAAUAAAGCGCCUGAAGCAGCCAGAGAUGGGCCCCAUGGAUGCUCCCAUGGACCCCCUGGGAGAUUCCUUGGAGGAGCACCCCUAAUUGAACACACCAAAACAGGACGGGCCAAUUGCCAUUAAACACCAAACCUGCUCACCACAAAAGGGACAACCCACCCCAUAAACAGCUGAACUCUGGGGACUAAAAGAAAGGACAA